AUGUCAGUUGAUACGUUGGAUAGUCUUGAAAAGGAAGAAUUCUUGAAAUGGAGACGGUCAUUGGCUUUGCUUGAAGAAAAAGACGGCAUCGUUCUUACUCCUUUUGAGCGGAAUUUGGAGUUCUGGCGUCAGUUGUGGCGUGUCGUGGAACGUAGCGACGUUGUUGUUCAGGUGGUCGAUGCUCGUCAACCUCUUUUAUAUUAUUCGAGUGAUUUAGAUAGUUAUGUUCAUGAAGUUGAUUCGAACAAGACAUCUGUGGUUCUUGUUAAUAAGUCUGACUUUCUUACAAAUCAACAAAGAGCUUUAUGGGCGGAGUAUUUUAGAACUAUUGGUAUUAACGCCAUAUUUUGGUCGGCUGUACUAGCCAGUGAACAGAUGCUAGGACAAAGUCCUAACAAUAUGACCCAACCUUGUGAUAUUUCAACCAAAAUAAUUAAUGGAACCAGUUUGGAAUCCGAGAGUAAUUCUGAGGAAAGUCAAACCGAGUCAGACACUGAUAGUGAGGCCAGUACAGUAACUAUUCAUGAAGAAACUAAUGAGGAAAGCCCUAAGGUUGUCAGAUGCACUACACAGUUGCCGAAUAGACUGGAUUGUAAAAAAAGUGAUCCUUGUGAUAGUACAGUCAAUACAAAAGAAAUCAGUAAACCGAUUUCCGAGUUCUCUUCCAAUUCUGUUAGAUGCGAUGUUAUUGAUGCUGAAACAUCUGCUCAAUCCAAACAAAAUGGUGAGGCGGGAGCUAAGGUUGUUGGAGUUGAGGAGCUAAUAAAUUUGUUAACCGAAAAAUUCAGUCCCUCCAGUCGUCAAUCAAAGGAUCCUUUGACAGUUGGCUUCAUUGGUUACCCAAACGUUGGGAAAUCAAGUACACUCAACGCGAUACUAGGUCAUAAAAAGGUUCCGGUGUCAGUUACACCUGGGAAAACCAAACAUUUCCAGACCAUUUAUGUUCGAUCAGACUUGAUACUUUGCGAUUGCCCGGGAUUGGUGAUGCCAUCUUUUGCUUACUCUAGAGCGGACUUAGUUGUAGCUGGCAUAUUAUCAAUCGAUGAGAUGCGUGAUUAUUUAGCUCCUGUUGGUUUAGUUUGUGAAAGAAUUCCACGUCAUAUUUUAGAGACAAUUUAUGGAAUCAACCUUCCUAAAUUUCAAAAUGCACAAGUUAAUGAUAGUUUAAACCGCAUCCUGACACCACAUGAAUUAUUAGCUGCUCACGCAUUUAUGCAUGGUUUUAUGACAGCUAAAGGGAAUCCAAAUUAUGAUCGUUCUGCAAGAAUCAUUUUAAAAGAUUAUGUAAAGGGUCGACUUUUGUACUGUCAUCCUCCUCCAAACACAAUUGAUCCUCUUGAUUUUCAAUCACUUGGGCGAAAUGAUAGUUUACCCUGCGGGGUUGGUUAUUUUCCUGAUCAAUCUAAAGCUGAACGGUUUCUUAAACGAUUAGAUGAAAAACAGAAACGAGCGUCUAGUCAAUGUAUUGAUGAAGUUAUCACUGAAUUUGAUCGAUUGGCGUUUAAACAGGAUCAACCUGCACGCGAACUUAUUAAAUCUCAUAAGCAAAUACCCAUUUUACGUUCUAACAUAGAAAAGUCAAAGAUCGAUGAUGAAGUAUCAUCGAAUGCAUCUUGGAGUACUGUUGGCUCAGUUGAGACUGUUAGCAAUUUAUCAUGCAUUAGUAGUGGGACAACACAAUUUAUCUUAGAAGAUGGUGCAGUCAAAAAACCUUGGCGUCUAUUAAGUCACGCUAAACACUUGAAUUCAGUACAUUCAACAAUAUUAUCAAACCAAACAGAGGCUGUAAAACAUGUAACAAAACAUAAAAAACGCAAAGAAAAACUUCGUCGAGUUUAUCGUUAUUUAGAUGAACAUGAAAGAAUGUGA